CUCUCUCCUCUUUCCCCUCAAAUCAGCAAAGCAUCGCACGCUAUUUUACUGACAACAACAACAGCAACAACGAGUAAAACCAUUCUCAAAAACCCUAAUCACAACCACCAUCAAAUCUCGAUCUUCAAUUCUUUAUUUUGAAAUCCAUACUCCAAUGAUCAAAUUUUCUGGUGUUAUUCUUCCUGUUUGAUGAAGCAAUUUCGUCGACAUACGAGGAUAUGCAUCCUCUCUUUGCUUUUCCUCUCUGUUUUUGCCCCGAUCCUAUUGCUAUACGAAUCGAAGGGAUUUAUCGAAGAUUUAUCGAGUUUUAAAGGCAGGAGGGAUUUGCUGAACCUGAAUCUAGUAAAGCAGGAGGAAGGUGAAGGUUUAAGAGAACCCAUCUUAAAGGUGUACAAAGAUGUAAAUGUUGAUCCUGUUGUCACUUUCGGAUCCCAAGAUGUUGGUAUUAAAUCUGAUGAUCUCAGAAGCCGUGAAAACAAUGAUUUAACAGAAAGAAAUGGAGAUCUUGAUACAAAAGGAAAUUAUGGACAGAGCCAGGAAGAGAAAAUGCUGCUAAAUUCAGGGAGAAAGGGAGAGAUUGGUCGUGCAACACUUGGACAUGAUCAGGAUGUACCACCGCCAGCACGGAGGGUAAUUGAUAAGAAGAUCAAAGAGAUGAAAGAUCAGCUGAUAAGGGCCAAAGCUUACCUCAGUUUUGCAAUACCAGCUAGCAAUGCACAUUUGAUAAAGGAGUUAAGGUUACGAAUUAAAGAAUUAGAACGAGCCAUGGGAGAAGUCAGCAAGGAUUCCGAUUUGUCCAAGAGGGCUUUGCAGAGGAUGAGGGCCAUGGAGAUUUCGUUGCAAAAAGCCGCCCGCAUUUACCCUGAUUGCUCUAGUAUGGUCAAGAAGCUCCGUGCUAUGACUAACAAUGCUGAAGAAUUGGUUCGAGUACAGAAGGAGCAAGAAGCGUUUCUUGUUCAGCUGGCUGGGAGAACCACCCCAAAGGGGCUUCACUGUCUUUCCAUGAGGCUUACAGCUGAUUAUUUUGCUUUAAAACCUGAAGAGAGGAAGCUUCCUAGUAACCCAGAUGUGCACGGUUCAAAUCUUUAUCACUUUGUUGUGUUCUCUGAUAAUGUUCUGGCGUGUGCAGUGGUGGUGGAUUCUACCAUUUCUGCUGCAAAGGAACCAGGGAAAAUUGUGUUCCAUGUGGUGACAGAUUCUCUCAACUUUGUAGCAAUCUCCAAGUGGUUCUUGUUGCAUCCUCCUGGAAAAGCUUCAGUCCAGAUUCACAAUAUGGACAAUUUUGAUUGGUUAUCCACUAAAUACGAGCCUGCAAAUGCCGAGGGGCAUGAUUCUCAGGACCCCAGAUAUACAUCGGCUCUGAAUCACCUCCGAUUCUAUCUACCAGAUAUCUUCCCAACGCUGAACAAGAUUGUGCUUCUCGACCAUGAUGUGGUUGUACAAAGGGAUCUAACACGCCUUUGGAAGGUAAACAUGAUGGGAAAGGUAAAUGGGGCUGUGAAGACUUGCCAAGGGCACGAUCCUGCAUUUCGUCGAAUGGAUUUAUUGAUCAAUUUUUCCGAUCCUACGGUGGCAAGGAGAUUUAACCUUGAGGCAUGCACAUGGGCAUUUGGUGUAAAUGUGUUUGAUUUACGAGAGUGGAGGAGGAGGAAUCUGACCGCUGUUUAUAACGAAUACCUGCAACUGGGAAAAAAGAGACCGAUAUGGAAAUCUGGUAGCUUGGCAUUAGGUUGGAUGACAUUCUAUAACGAGACGGUGGGUUUGGAGCGGAAAUGGCAUGUUCAUGGAUUGGGAUACCAUUCUGGUAUUAAGCAGGAAGAUAUCGAACAGGCAGCCGUGAUACACUACGAUGGAGUGAUGAAACCCUGGUUGGAUAUCGGCAUCGAAAAAUACAAAGGGUAUUGGCGGAAAUACGUGAAAUACGAUCACCCGUAUUUGCAACAGUGCAAUAUAGCUUGACAUCAACAGGUUUUUGCAAAAUUAUUUCUCAUUCUUACACACUAACAACAUCCAUAGCUUUCUUUUUUUCUUUCUUGUUACCAUGAACCAAUCUUCUUUGUGUAUAUUACAAUGCAACUUUCAAUC